GCGCGGGGAUGCAGGAUGCUGGUGGGCGCCAGGCUCCCGCGGCGGCGGCGGCAGCAGCAGCAGCAGCAGCAGCCCCGGCGGCGGCAGCCUCUCCUCUGGCCGAUGAACGCAGACCCGCCGCCGCCGCCGCCGCCGCCCUGGGUAUGGAUGGUGCCCGGCGCGGCCGGGCUGCUCCGGCUGGGCGCCGGGGUCGCGCCCCCUCCCGUGCUGCUGGCCGCGGCGCAGCCCCCCGCCGCCCCGCUGCUCCCGGGGCCGCCCGGCUGGCCGGCCCCCGGCGAGCCCCUGCUGCCGCCGCUGCUGCCGCUGCCCUCUGCGCCAGACCACGCCGCCGCCGCCGCCGCCGCCGCGCUCCACUACCCCUUGCUGCACGGGCAGUGGCUGUUUGGUGGCCAUUCUCCGUCCAUAGGACUGACCCCUUCUUCCACUGUGGAGCUGGUGCCCAUUUUCCCACAUGUCUGCCCAGCCGCUCUUCCUCCUCCUGUUGGGAAAAGUUGGAUAGACAAAAGGAUACCUAAUUGUAAGAUUUUUUUUAACAAUUCCUUUGCUCUGGACUCAACAUGGAUAUAUCCUGAGGAAUCAAGGUUGUUCCAUGGGCACGAAAAGCCUCACUUGUUGGCGAAUCAAGUGGCGAUGUCUCUGUCCAGACCAGCUCCCGCCUCCAGGCCUCUUCCUACACUGGUGCUGGCGCCUCAGCCGAUACCAGGUGGUGGUCCCGACAGCCUCAAGCCCGUCGGCAGCAGCCCCGCCAUUGCCAUCGCCGCCGCCGCCGUGCUGUCUGUGGAGCCCGAGGGACUUGGGGGCCCGUCCCCCCCCAGCACACAGCCCUGCCACUUCCUGACGUUGGCCCCCAUCAAAAUACCCCUGCGGACCGCCCCCUUCUCCGAUAAAAGCAGAGAGCGCGGCCGAGCGCCCUGUCCUCCCGGCCUGAUGCUGCACGCGGACAGGAAGAGCCGGGCCGGGGACGGAGAAGACAAGGAGCCUCCGUCGAUACUAGUCACAAGAGAGGACAGCGCAGCAAAGGGCAACCGACCCGUGGCCUCUACCCCGGUGCCCGGAUCCCCCUGGUGUGUGGUGUGGACGGGAGAUGACCGGGUUUUCUUCUUCAACCCGACGAUGCAGCUGUCCGUGUGGGAGAAGCCCAUGGACCUGAAGAACCGUGGGGACCUCAACAGGAUCAUCGAGGACCCGCCCCACAAGCGCAAGCUGGAGGCCCCGACAGCCGACCACAGCGAUGGGUCGAGGUCUGAGGAUGGCAGGGAAGACCGAAACAUGAGAACCAAGAGGAACCGGACAGAAGGCCACGCGAGUCCUGGGCCAGAGGAGGCAGAAGGAGCGGACAAGGACACCAAGACGCCACCUCCCCAGAUCCUGCUGCCGUUGGAGGAGCGGGUGACCCACUUCCGAGAUAUGCUCCUGGAGCGAGGGGGCCUGGUGUGCAGCAGGCGCUCAACAACCUCCCGAGAUUCCCUCAGUGUCCACGUGGACGCCAUCUGGGACUGGGCUGUGGUGUUGCCGCACAUGCCCCCUGACCCGCUGGUCCUGGAGCCCGCCCGCCGAGCCCGUGACGAAGGGGCUUAUCUCCGAAGCACCUGUCAUUCCCCGUUCUGUUCUCUCCACGAGCAUGGCCACCAGGCGUCUGCAGGACAGGUCUCGGCAUCACUCGGGAGACGUGAUAAAGCAUACUCCUCCCCCUACACAAUCGCCAGAAUUAGCUGCUUCUGCUCUGGAGAGCCAUAGGCGUGGACGCUCCUGAGGUUUGUCUCUAGUCUCAUUAGGCGUUGAUCAACACGCGGGUGGCUGUCUGCCCUUGUCACGCACAGAAAUAUAUGUAAUUCUUAGUGUCUGGAUCGACCUGGCCAGUCUGUUCCUGUUGACCCAGCCAGCAGGAGACGUGACCCCUCUUCCCUGAGACGUGAUGGCAUUAGGAGCCUUUGAGAAAUGGAGGCAGGAACGUAUUUUAUCUCGUCUGCACGUCCCCCUCUUUGUUUGGGAAACCAACCAGCCCGGCCUCACCAGCACAGCAUCAGACCGACCCCCGGGAGAGCCCAGGGCUGCCUGAGACACCUACCUGUGUUUGCUAAGCCUGCCGGCAGGCCAGGGCUGUGCGGUUUCUUGAAUUUAUCCCAAUGGCUGUGGUCGAGCAGCUUUACUAAUGAGAUUUUCACUACGCUCUUGCCUCACCGGGUGGGUGAUUCCUUUCGGCCCUUGAUUCGUAGAUUCUUCUGCGUGAGAACCUUGUGUAGGUCGUGUAGAUGUGAAUCAGCAAAACAACACAGAAAUGCCAAGUACCCACCCGGAGUUCUGAGUUUUCCCUGGAAAGAAGAGACCUGGGCGAAGCCUGAACCCCUGUCUUAGGAGGAUUUUGCAAGAAUCCCACACACAGCUCAUGAAUAGGAAAGAUUAAUCUGAAUUUACUGCUGAUGUCAUAAAGCAAUGCCACCAUUUAUGGCUUUUUGACUUUAUAAAAUAUGCCAGCAUAUUUUAUAAGUUACUCAGUGCUCAAGAGAAUUUGAUAGCUAAGCCCAUAAGAUUUCCUGUUGCUUGAAAAUGAGGCACAGAAAGGUCACUUUUUUCAUGGACUGAGUGAUUAAUAAUGUUUUUUAUUGCAUUUGUACAAUGCUUCAGUCCAGAAAUUCAUGUACUUACGGAACGAUGGAGCUAGGUCCUGUGGGUUUCUCGUAGUUUAACAAGGGCAUGUUUGGGGUUUUUCCGUGGGGAUCACAGAUUGGGGAAGGGCCUGUGGCUUUGCGUGUUUGUAGUAUGUAUCUGACGGCUCAAGGAAGGUUUUAUUUUUGUUUUGCUUUACUGUAUAAAGCACAGUAGAGCCUUAAAAAAAAAGAAAAAAAAAACUUCAGCGUAUGAAGGGGCAGGUCUCGUCGAAUAGCAGAUUGUUAAUGUGAUCCCUCCUAUUCAGGCAAAUGUAUUAGAAGCAUUUUAUUGAGAACAUCUUCCUCCUGCAAAGUAUCCCUUAGAAGUGGGUACGGCUGGGGCACCUAGCCAUAGGACGCUGGGGUUAAGUAUCCGACUUCGGCUCGGGUCAUGAUCUCACAGCUGGUGAGUUCGAGCCCUGCGUCGGGCUCUGUGUCAACAGCUGGGAGCCUGGAGCCUGCUUCAGUUGAAUUUGAUGAAUAAACAUUAAAAAAAAAAAAAAGUAUGGCUUUCCAAGGGCCUUUGGAGAGUCCCAGAUCCUACCUUAGGGACUCCACGGCCCAGACCUGCUGUGCUCUCUGGGGUCCCUGUGUGGGUGACCCUCGGCCAGCUUCCCGGCGGUGAGUGGCCUCAGGGAGACGGGCUGGCAUGGUGGCUGACUGUGGAGCUGAGCUCCGUGGAGUUGGGAUCCGAGUGUGUUAGAGAGAGGAACUCACAGACCACGUGUUCACACCCACGGGCCACGCCCAUCUCUCUCUGCACU